UUGUUGCAAGACCGGAAACCUUCAGUCGGUUAGAGGAAAUGGCAAGAUACAAAAAAACAACAGCUUUACUUUACCACGUUUGCAGCGCUGCUCCGUAACAUCGGACUCCUUAUUCAAGAACCGAUGCGUCACCGAAGUCCCGCUGUGCGUUGAGCGCAAAGAUAGAUAGAGAGAGAUAGAGAGAUAGAUAGAUAGAUAGAUAGAUAGAUAGAUAGAUAUGUGUGUCACGUUACUAGCGAGGCAUUGCACUAUGCUGAUAUCCGGAGAAAGAACAUUUAAACGGAAGAGGUUCACUGAUGCGCUUUGUUCAUUGUUACGAGUGAAUACAGUAGCUGCUGAAGACGCUGGCCCGAAAUCGUCUGGGACUGGGUUAUUUUUGCAAGCUUGGACUCUGUAAAUUGCUGCCUAAUUGAAACUUGAAACAGACCAUGGCCAGCUGGAUAUGUUUUGCAUCAACAGCCUACUGAGGGGAUCAAUGUUUGUCAGAUUUCAAGAGUCAAAAGUGAAGAAAAAGCAAGGAUAAGAUCCCUCGCUUUUAUGUUUGAUUUCUUACCCCAUGUUGUAAACGGUGUCUUCCUCCUCUGAGUAGAGCACAGCUCACCCUGGGCUUGGGUCCUCCUCUGAGUAGAGCACAGCUCACCCUGGGCUUGGGUCCUCCUCUGCCUUUCUUUCUCUUCUCUUUUUUUUUUAACGUUUUCUUGGCUCGGUCACUGCCUGCCAUGAGAUUCCGAAUUUACAAGCGUAAGGUUUUUAUAUUAACUCUGAUAGUUGUAGCCUGUGGCUUUGCCUUCUGGAGCAGUGGGAGGCAAAGGAAAGGUGAGGUGUUCACCAGAGACACUGAGGCGGGGAGAGGUAACCGGGGACAAAGCACGUCUGUCAACAGAAAAGCAUGGAACGAGACGUUACCGGACAAGGUGCAGAAACCCGAGGUGGACAACAUGACCUUAGUUUAUCGGGGGAUCGUUUACCAGCUGAACUUUGACCAGACCAUCAAGAAUGCGGAGAAGAUUACGAGCCGUCCGAAAGAUGACCUGGUCGUGGUGGUCCAAGUCCACAACCGACCCGAGUACCUGAGACUGCUAGUAGACUCUCUUAGGAAAGCCAAGGGCAUUGAAAACGUGCUGCUAAUAUUCAGCCACGACUACUGGUCCCCGGAGAUUAAUCAAGUGGUCGCCACCGUCGAUUUUUGCCAAGUCCUUCAAAUAUUCUUCCCUUUUAGCAUUCAGUUGUACCCUCAAGAGUUUCCCGGAAACGACCCUAAAGACUGCCCGAGAGACAUCCCCAAGAAAGAUGCCUUAAAACUGGGCUGCAUCAAUGCAGGCUUCCCAGAUUCGUUCGGCCACUACCGAGAAGCAAAGUUCUCUCAGACUAAACACCACUGGUGGUGGAAGCUGCAUUUCGUCUGGGAACGGGUGAAAGCCUUGAAAGACCACAGCGGGUUGGUUUUGCUCAUUGAAGAGGACCACUACCUGUCGCCAGACUUCUACCACCUCCUCAAGAAGAUGUGGAGCCUCAAGAAUGAGCAGUGCCACGACUGCGACGUUUUCUCGCUGGGCACUUACACCCACGCCGGCUUCUCCAACAAGGCUGACAAAGUGGAGGUGAAAGCGUGGAAGUCGACGGAGCACAACAUGGGCAUGGCGCUGAGCAGAGAGACUUACCAGAAGCUGAUGCAGUGCACCGACACGUUCUGCAGCUACGAUGACUAUAACUGGGACUGGUCCCUGCAGUACGUCACCGUCACCUGCCUGCAGAGGUUCUGGAAGGUCAUGGUCAGUGAAGCCCCGAGGAUCUUCCACGCUGGAGACUGCGGGAUGCACCACAAGGAAACCUGCAUGCCCCAAACCCAGAAGACCAAAAUCAUGAGCAUCCUGCAGAGCAACGGCAACCAGCUGUUCCCCGAGACCAUCCUCAUAACCAAGAGGCUGCCUGUAGCUGCAGUUUCUCCGCACGUGAAGAACGGCGGCUGGGGAGACAUCCGAGACCACGAACUUUGCAAAAGCUACCGCAGGCUGCAGUGACAUUCCUUUCCAGGAACUUCCGACAAAAAGCCUUUUUGAAUUGCUUUUUUUUUUUUCUUUACAGACUGUUUCCAUACUUAAUGUUUUAUGGAAGUGAAGCAAAUAAAGUACAAUGUGUCUUUUAAUAACCAAGUAAAAAAAAAAAUCUUGUGGAAAUUGACAGGAGUGUUGUGGUUUUAUUAUUACAGGCAUGCUGUACAGGCUUUUGUAGUACUAGCCCCCCUUUAUAAGUGCUCCUCCUAGCUUUCUGAAGCGAGAAUCCAAAGGCUGAUCUUAAGAGGUUUGGAAAGCGAGCUUGAGUCCAGCAUACCCAGGUUUAUAAAUGGGGAGCUCAUGUCUGUAUCAUUGAGCAGCAGGGUCAUUCCAUGGUGUGCAAUUUAAAACAACAUUCUAUUUAAAAUGAUAAUGCAGUCAGACAAAUACAGCGGAAUUACCUAUUACUGAUACAACAAACCUGUUCAUUAAAUAACUGUAGGGACUGCUGUCUUUCAGCUGUCUUUAAGAUACCAAAUGAUCUUAUUUUAUUAUUGUAUAUUUUAAAUGAAUUAUUAAAGCUGUUCUAGAGUG